GCGUUCCGUCAUUUUAUGUGAUGUCUUUAGUUUUUCCGGAAAAUUUAAAGAAAAUUGUUGCAAAUAAAUAAAAGAAAAUCCAUUUGUGACUGUUAAAUUAUUUUUCCAACUACUAAAUGACAAAAUGCUUGUAUGUGUUCAUAAAAAGUAUCCAUUAAAACACAAAUCGCAUCUAUGAGACUGAUGUCAAUACUGCAUAGCUAAAAAUUGAUUUGAAACCGAAUUAUAAUACAACGGGAGAAAAAUUAAUUAGAAAUACUUUAAAAAAAUACUUAUGUACAAGUAACAACUGAUUUUUGUGUGUUACUUAAAAUAUCCUUAACGAUGGGCGACAAUCAACCUAAUAUCGAUGAUAUGGAAAUGCUUAAGGCUUUAUUUGACUUCGAGGCGACAUUAGCUAAGACCCUUAGCUUCACUGAAGGUGAUUUCUUUUACCUUCAGCAGACAAACACUAAACAGAGGAAUUGGUGGCAUGUUGUUAAUAAAAAAGGUCAAGUUGGAUUCGUGCCUUCGAAUUACGUCGCUGCAGUCAAGGUGGAACCCGAGUUCUUUUUAGCAUUUCUUAAUGAAUGUAUUAAAAAUUUGAAGGAUAAUAAUAACAUGACUUCACAAAAACAAGAACUAUUAACAAAACUAAAUGAGAAGAAAAAACAUAUACAAACUUUGAUUAAGCCACCGAGCAAAAAGCACGCAGCACCGAAGCCUCCUCCACGCCUUGAUGACAGCACCCCUCCCAAUGGUGUGUCACCAAGCUUUGACUUGAGGCCUGUGGUUUCUCAACAGCAAAUUACAGAAGAGAAACAAUGUUAUUCGUCUCCUUCUAAUUCUCUUAACAGUAAUGUCACGAAAGAUGAUAAGAAGUCUCUAGGUGUCAAGCUAACAUCUAACCAACUAUCGUCUGACACUGAUAACCAAGACGACAGCCAAGACAGCAGUGAGAGUAUUAAGCCAAAUGCUAUCUAUGAGAUUGUACAAGCUGUACGUAGAGAGACUCAACUCAGUCAUGAUAUGUCAAAAGUUGCUGUUGAAACUGUUUUGAUUUCAUUAAGAGAAUUUUUACCUGGUGGUGCAGCAAGAUCAAUCAUUGAUGCCCUACUUCGUGAGGCAAAUAGCAAUAUAACAUGCCCUAAAAAUGCAAUAGAUGCAGCUCCUGAUGCAUUGAGAAUGAUGACAGCGCUGAACGCAUUGUCAAAGGCAGCAAAUGACGCCCAACAACGAGGAUGGGCUUUACAUGACGAUGCUCAUGAUAUACAAACACAAUUAUUGGAACUUAUAUCUGUUAUGUCAAAUGCAGAUGUUAACAUCUCUCAACACGUACUAAGUAGUCACCGUUACGUGUAUGUAACAACACUUGUUCAGUAUUACCAGAUGGAAACACGAUGGCCGCUCCGUCAACUUUUACUACAGGCGUUUGGCGUAAUGUGUGGUCUAGAACGUACAGCUUUGGCCACAUUAGCAUUGUCAGCACUUCCAGCGGAGAUAGCUCGUGAUAUGCGCGACAACCCUCGAGCUGUCAGUCGUCUCUCUCAUUCCGCUUUGCUCUUGUCAAUGGUUUUGUCUAUGGGUGACAAAUUACCUAUUACACAUUUUGAACAACUGGGUGUUGAAUUUGCUCAAUUUCUCCUUGAGUUAAUAGAAAACCCCCCGGAAACUGAUGUAGACGAGCAAAUACCUGAUUUAUUUCUUACCUUACUUCUUGCAUACAAUCUGCAAUUUGUAAAUCCAUUUGAGAAUUUAUUAUUAAAUUCACUUGAGACUAUGGACAACGCUAAAACUUUUUGUGAAAAGGUUCUCCUACUGCUUAAUCGCGAAGAGGAUCCUGUUCAUAUCUUCGACCACGAGCCUGCACCAGCACACUCGGUCCUGAAACUAGCUAUAGAUCUCUUCAGCCGCAAGAAAACUGCUGAACAUUUCUAUACAAAUGACGUUAAAGUUGCUAUCGACAUUAUUGUGAGGCAGCUGGCUGAUCUAUCUCCAGGAGAUAUCCGACGUCGACAAUAUCUCAAGAUACUGCAGGGAAUAAUACGUAAUACGGACUACGGAUCUCAUUUACACCGAAGAGACGACUUGCUUCGUUGCUUCGCUCGUAUUUUCUGUGAGGAGGGAGACUCGAGUCGGGACGACCAAGCCCUUGUUAGGGCUAUCUCUAAUGAAUUCCCGCAAUAUUUCAAGGCUUAAGGUAUGAAUGUUGUCCUAAUUAUGUAAAUGAGCUUGUAUGAUAUUGGAAAGUACUAUGUAAACUUUGACAGAACUUACUAUUACGAGAUUAGUUAUUGGCACACAAAACAGAGAUAUUAAUUUUUUUUCUUAUUCUGUUAUACUCAUUAGUAAAAAAGUACAUCAUAUUUUUUUUGAUCAGUUACAAAUAAGUAUCACAUUGUCUGUUGCAAGUUGCAUUAUAUGUGUGGCACACACAAACUGCACAGUAAUAUUGAGAUAUAAUAGUUAUUUAUCUUUAUGCGUUGAUUUAUUUUAAAUAUUUCAUAAAUAUAUUGUCCUGUUCAAGUAUUUUAGAAAGACAUGUUCCAGUAUAUAGCGAAGACAUAUCCCUCUGUCAGGGAGUUGAAAUAUUUUAAGAAGAAUUUUAAUCAAAAUAAAAUAUUUAUUGCAGAUGGUCUAUAUGAAUACUAUAAUUAACAUAAUAGUUACUGUUGCUACCCUUAAUAGAUUGACUUAAUAUUUCCUGUUUAAAAAAAAGUGUGAUUAGUGUUUUCCCUAACGGGUUGACAUAAUAAUUAAAGUCUAAAAAAAUUUAUGUCGACUAGAUAAUAAAUGAAUAAGUAUUGUAA